GAAAGCAAAAUGUUAUGCAAAUAUCUCAAAGGAUGGUGAAGAGUUUUUGUGAAAUUCUAAGUAUGGGAGACAGAUUAGAUUUCCCUACUUCAUCAGAGAUGACAAACAGUGGAGUUCGAGUUUCAUUUAGAAAAAAUGAAGAUAUGAGUCAACCAAAAGGCUUGAUUGUUACUGCUGCUACUUCCCUAUGGCUUCCUCUUUCAUUUGAUACUGUUUUUAAUUUCUUCAAAGAUGACAAGACAAGAACUCAGUGGGAUGUUUUAACCAAUGGGAAUGCUGUGGGCGAGUUAGCCCGAAUACCAACAGGAUAUUUUCCUGGAAACUGUAUUUCAAUAAUUCAGCCUUAUGUGUCAAAGGAGAACAACAUGUUACUGCUUCAAGAGACAAAUAUCGAUCCAAUGGGAGCUUUUAUAAUCUAUGCACCCAUAGAUUUACCAGCAGUUACUUCAAUUAUCAAUGGAGCAGACACCACACAAAUUCCCAUAUUGCCCUCUGGUUUCAUCAUAAGUCCUGAUGGUCGCCUUGCCGCGGAUAGGGACAGUAAUGGAAUUUCACAAACCGGUUCGCUGUUGACAGUGGCUUUUCAGAUAUUGGUUUCUGCCAAUAAUAAUAAUAAUUCAAUUUCCAAGCAGCAAAAUAUGGAGGCAGUGGCUACUGUUCAUACCCUUUUGAGCUCUACAGUUCAAAAGAUCAAAGUUGCAUUGGAUUGCACUGAUUAAAAAUAAUGAUGUUGGUUUAAUUUCAUGUUGUUUUUUUGUUUUUUUUUUUUGAAUUUUCUAAGAGAUUUUAAAACUUAGAUAAAAAUAAAUUUGAAGGAUGGUGUUUUCCCUUCAAUGUGACUUGUGAAA